CAUAAAUAUGGGGCAAGGACAACGUGGCAAAUAAACUACUCUGAGCUUAUUAGGUGAUUGAUUAUAGCUUUUAGGGCUUGAGUAUGCUGACUUCAGGACCCAUGCAGUUGCAGUUGUCACAUUCACUCCCACACUGCCUUCAUGAAUGUAUAUGUUAACCUCAUUCUUGGUUAUAUGCACACACUGCUUUUUCAGAGUACUCCCCUAUGCAAGAAUACAUCAUCAAACCUCCAUUUGCAUAGGUCCUCAAAGAAACAACCAACUCUCUGAUGAAAACAUUGCUGUUCUUUUCAGCAGAACAAAGCUAAACCUUUUAGCUUUGCUGCCUAAAAACAUACUCCAUACAUAUCUGGUCUUCCUUUUAGUUCCAAAAGUUCACUCCUCAGACUCAUUCAGUUGUUUCUCCCUUGCUGCAUAUCCAUGCUGGCUUUCUUCAUCUAAGGUCUUGCAUGUGGAAAUGAGGUAAAGUAGUGCAGCCAAGGAUGACUUGCCGGCUAGGCUCUCUUUCUCUUCCAUAUAUAUCAUAGCUAAAGCUUAUUUUCAGAUAAUAGAUUUAUAUAUAGAUGGCAUUUUUUUUCCCUUUUUGGGACAUCUGGAUUAAUCUGUUCAAUGAAAUACUAUUGGGAGAUGGAGCUUAUUUUUGGUGGAGAUAACCGGCAAGUUGUCUUUGGCUACAUUUCUGCCUGAUUUUCACAUGUUAGAUCUCUGAUGAUAAUAAAACUUGGAAAUGCUGAAGAUGGAGCAGCGCUCUGACAUGACAGUAAUGGAGGAGAGGUUCAAACCAUAUGUGGCAGGGUCAGAAUCGUUAUGAAGUAAGUUCCCAUCCUUGUAUAUAUGAUCUAGAUAUAACAUUUCAUUCCUUUUAGAACCUUUGAAUGUGAAUAAUCUAUCAGACAAUUGCCUUGUAUACCUAUAAAUGGAAACUUGAUCAUCAUAGCAUGACUAUCCAAGAAUUGCUUGUUGACCAAAAGUUUAAAGAAUCAGAAGAAAACAUAGAUGGCAUUUUCUCUUAGGUUAAAGGUUAAUUCUGCAGUUCCAGAAUGUUUCUCUAUUGUAUUCACAGAAUAAAAGAUGCCAAUGAUUAAACCUUCAACAGGAAAUAUGUUUACAUUUUCUGUGGAACGGCAGUGUUUGAAUUAAAAUCAAGGCUCAAAUCUGUAGAGACUUAAUUUGAUCCAUGCUAAUUGUUUCCAAGUGUAUGGAAGGAAAGAGGCACGCACAUAAUUCAAAGGGAUCAGUCAUUACUUUUGGUACAAGGACAUAAUUGCAUCAAGUCAUCCCCUACCCCACCUUUUCUCUUAUUAAUGCUGAUACAGCUCGGGCAUAUCAUUCUCAAUCACCUUUUUGUUCUUUGGUAAGGGAAUAAUUAAAGCAAUUAGCUAGGCUGAAGGGUCAUUGCAACAAGUUAUAAGAUUGACAGAGUUUAGCUUAAUAUAGAAUCUCUUGCUACAAACCGAAGGAGGUUUGCUAGAAGCAUGGGUGACAUGACCUUUUUCACUUGGAAUGCCCUUGUUUUGUCUGUGUUGUAUGCUUUGCUGUAACACAUCAUGACUGUGAUUGUGAAUGUUUAGGACAUGAAGUCAAAAUGAGCCCAAAUAAUACGGGGAAAAAUGCAUCUGGGUUUUGACAAUUAUUGUUGGACAUGUUUCAUCGCUGUCGGUCCAGAUUUCCCUACAGAAGUUGCUGUAAAAGCUGUGAAAAAAAUAGGACAGCUGACUGCUAAGCACAUAUAGAUUGCAAUCGCAUUCCCAAAUUUAGCUGGCUACACGUGACAUUUCGGUCUGAUGGUACUGGGAAUCAAGACUUGAUAGAGGGUCCAUCCCCGUGCACAACCUACCGAAAAUCAUACAUUAUUAUUAGGCUGAGAUUGGGCCAAGUUUCCCUGUAGAUGGUUGCAGCCAUUCAGUCAUUUACAGCUACAGAAGUCCCAUGACAUAAAGAUUCAUCUUCCUUGCGUGUCUCCUUUAGUUUAGCACACCAUAAAUGUGAAUAUAUGGGAAAUUUUAGGGCUCUUUGGUACGACAUUAACAUGUCAGAGUAGUUAAUAAUGAUGGGGACUGCAAGUACUUUUAGACAACAACAUUGAUUAAAAUGAUUAAAUGUGUCUCUAUCCCUCCUUCCUUUGUGCAAAUCACAGUGACUCUAGCAUCCUUAUGCUUCCCUUGUAGUUGGUGUUGGGAUCCACAGAUUAAAUUGUUUUCUGCACCAAAUUGGACAUGGCAGUAUGUAGGAGGAGCUUGUUUUCCAACAACAGUACCGAAUUAGCCAAGCAUUAUGCUGCUUGUCAUGGUAUGCCACUGUCCUAACUUUGCUUUAGUCUUCGAUAGACGCAAGUUUGAGGCAAGUAGGAGCAGGUAGGAAUAGGAUUUAAGAAAUUAAUGAUUUCAUCAUCAUAGCUAGUUUAUUAAAGCGAGGAUCAUGCAUCCUAUCAUGGAAUGACAUGUGACAUGUUACAGAAGCAAAUGCCAAUUAUCUCAAGGUCAGCAAAUUAACCUAAUUCCCACUUUGAUUGUUUUUUACUGGUGGAUAAUUCUAAGAGAAAAUUCCAGAUUUGCAAUGGCCUUUGAAGUUAAUUUGUAUAAAUGUGCAUAUCUUUCACUCUGCUCUAUCUAGCAACUAGUUUCAGCCAAAAUUAUUCUAAAUUUUGGAGAUUUUCAAAGAAGGAAACACAAAUCACCAAGGGAAUGAAGACAGGACCACUUGAGUCUGGUGAAUCAUCCAGUGAUGCAACCCCGGCAAAAUUGAUGAUCAGUGUGGUUGCUGUACUAGACUUCAUGCUGAGAAUCCUUGCUGCUGCAGGAACACUAGGGAGUGCUAUGGCCAUGGGGACUACUGAAGAAACAGUUCCAUUAUUCCCUCAAUCCAUCCUAUUGAAUGCCGAAUAUAGUGAUCUUCCCAUGUUCACGUUCUUUGUGAUCGCAAAUUCAGUUGCCUGUGCCUAUCUUGUGCUUUCUCUUCCCCUAUCUUUCUACCACAUUAUCAGCAGUGCAGCCAAAAGCAGUCGGAUCAUCUUGGUCGUGUUUGACACGGUAAUGCUGGCCCUGGUCACUGCAGGAGCUUCUACUGCUGCAGCCAUUGUCUAUUUAGCACACAAGGGGAAUGCUAAUGCCAAUUGGUUUGCAAUUUGCCAACAAUUCAACUCCUUUUGCGAACGCACUUCUGGAUCGUUGAUAGGUUCUUUUGCUGCAGCAUUUGUGCUCAUAUUGAUAAUCAUUACAUCAGCCAUUGCAAUCUCGCACCGCUGAUCCCAAAUAAGAGUGAAGGAGUGCAUC